UACCCCCUGUGCCCUGUGUCUGAAUACACACAGAAUAACCCUACCCCCUGUGCCCUGUGUCUGAAUACACACAGAAUAACCCUACCCCCUGUGCCCUGUGCCUAAAUACACACAGAAUAACCCUACCCCCUGUGCCCUGUGUCUGAAUACACACAGACUAACCCUACCCCCUGUGCCCUGUGCCUGAAUACACACAGAAUAACCCUACCCCCUGUGCCCUGUGCCUAAAUACACACAGAAUAACCCUACCCCCUGUGCCCUGUGCCUAAAUACACACAGAAUAACCCUACCCCCUGUGCCCUGUGUCUGAAUACACACAGAAUAACCCUACCCCCUGUGCCCUGUGCCUAAAUACACACAGAAUAACCCUACUCCCUGUGCCCUGUGCCUGAAUACACACAGACUAACCCUACCCCCUGUACCCUGUGCCUGAAUACACACAGAAUAACCCUGGCUUCAUGAAGUUGAAUGAAACCUGCUGAAUAAUGUUACAUUAACAUACUGAAUUACACACCAGCGCUUUGUAGUUUUCCAUAUACUUAACAGAAAAACUGACACAUUGAAAAUAAAUCAUUUUGUAGUUUCUUUGAUUGCAUGAUGUUAAACAAAAGAUCUAAAUUAUGUUUAUAUAGUUGUUUUUUCUUAGGCAAUGCAAAACUUUUGGCCAGAGCUGUAGAACUGCUUUUGGAGACAAACCAACAUUCAACAGAGAACGUCUCUGAUCGGCAGAAUACACGAUAUUGCCACGAUGGGAAUAGGACCCCCAUUGCAUAGCAGUUUGAUCCAUGCCUGGUUUUACUGCUCAAGCCCACCGCCUGAGCUUGUUACCCCUAUCAGUAGGUAAUCAAGCUGGUCGUAAAAACCAGGAGUGGAUGCGACUGCUAUGCAAUGGGAGUCUUAGUGCCAUCCCUGUUGAUUUAACCCUUCGAUGCAUGAAAUAUUCAAAAUCACUGGGGGGCAGAAAAACAAAAAGUAAUUUUGAACACGUAAUAAAUAUUUCUCCUUGAAAAUCUUUCCAGUUAAUUUCCAUUGCUUAUAUAUGGGGGGAAAAAUGCAAUCCUCAUAUGAGGUCUGUGAAAGGAUUAAGGAGACAGAUAGCUUCUCUCUCUCUCUCUCUCUCUCUCUCUCUCUCUCUCUCUCUCAUAUAUUACUGGUCUUUGUAUUUGCAUUCCUUAUUUGCAAAUGUUCCCCCCCCAGGCAAUGCAAAUGAAGCUGCCCUCGCCUGGGGACAGCCGAAACUUUAACCUUUAACCCCUGGCUGACCCUUAACUGGGGGGUGUGACGCUACACUGAUGUCACAAUGCAUACGCUGAAAGCUGAUUGGCUGCUCUUGUGACGCGCGGUGAGGUCAGAUGAUCGUUGGGUGACGGGGUUCUUGAAAGCAGAACGUCGUUGUUGGAGUCGAGGAAGAGUCUGUAUUCACACCAGCUGUAAACGCACGCACGCAUGCUUACUUUUCAUUCAAGAGACACUGGAACCACAAAGCGCUGUGCUGUGGUCUUAUAUCCCAAUACAAUCCCAAUACAAACGAUACAGAUGUCUCUAAUCUCAGCACUAACCUCUCCUGUCCUCUGUGCUGUUGAUGCAGGUCUCAGUGUGUGUGCGAGUCUCAGUCUGUGUGUGUGUGUGGGUGCGUGUGUAUUAUCAGCACUAACCUCUCUUCUCUGGCUGCAGGUCUCAGUGUGUCUCAGUGUGUGUAUUCACCUCUCCUCUCCUCUGGUUGCAUGUCUCAGUGUGUGUCUCAGUGUGUGUAUUCACCUCUCCUCUCCUCUGGUUGCAGGUCUCAGUGUGUGUCUCAGUGUGUGUAUUCACCUCUCCUCUCCUCCUCUCCUCUGGUUGCAGGUCUCAGUGUGUGUCUCAGUGUGUGUAUUAACCUCUCUUCUCCUCCUCUUCUCUGGCUGCAGGUCAGUGUGUGUCUCAGUGUGUGUAUUCACCUCUCCUAUCCUCCUCUCCUCUGGUUGCAGGUCUCAGUGUGUGUCUCAGUGUGUGUAUUAACCUCUCUUCUCCUCCUCUUCUCUGGCUGCAGGUCAGUGUGUGUCUCAGUGUGUGUAUUCACCUCUCCUAUCCUCCUCUCCUCUGGUUGCAGGUCUCAGUGUGUGUCUCAGUGUGUGUAUACACCUCUCUUCUCCUCUGGUUGCAGGUCUCAGUGUGUGUCUCAGUGUGUGUAUUCACCUCUCCUCUCCUCCUCUCCUCUGGUUGCAGGUCUCAGUGUGUGUCUCAGUGUGUGUAUUCACCUCUCCUCUCCUCUGGUUGCAGGUCUCAGUGUGUGUCUCAGUGUGUGUAUUCACCUCUCCUCUCCUCCUCUCCUCUGGUUGCAGGUCUCAGUGUGUGUCUCAGUGUGUGUAUUCACCUCUCCUCUCCUCUGGCUGCAGGUCUCAGUGUGUGUCUCAGUGUGUGUAUUUACCUCUCCUCUCCUCCUCUCCUCUGGUUGCAGGUCUCAGUGUGUGUCUCAGUGUGUGUAUUCACCUCUCCUCUCCUCUGGUUGCAGGUCUCAGUGUGUUCAGUGUGUAUAUUCACCUCUCCUCUCCUCUGGUUGCAUGUCUCAGUGUGUGUCUCAGUGUGUGUAUUCACCUCUCCUCUCCUCUGGUUGCAUGUCUCAGUGUGUGUCUCAGUGUGUGUAUUCACCUCUCCUCUCCUCCUCUCCUCUGGUUGCAGGUCUCAGUGUGUGUCUCAGUGUGUGUAUUCACCUCUCCUCUCCUCCUCUCCUCUGGUUGCAGGUCUCAGUGUGUGUCUCAGUGUGUGUAUUCACCUCUCCUCUCCUCUGGUUGCAUGUCUCAGUGUGUGUCUCAGUGUGUGUAUUCACCUCUCCUCUCCUCUCCUCUGGUUGCAGGUCUCAGUGUGUGUCUCAGUGUGUGUAUUCACCUCUCCUCUCCUCUGGUUGCAGGUCUCAGUGUGUGUCUCAGUGUGUGUAUACACCUCUCCUCUCCUCUGGUUGCAUGUCUCAGUGUGUGUAUUAACCUCUCCUCUCCUCUGGUUGCAUGUCUCAGUGUGUGUCUCAGUGUGUGUAUUCACCUCUCCUCUCCUCUGGUUGCAGGUCUCAGAGUGUGUCUCAGUGUGUGUAUUCACCUCUCCUCUCCUCCUCUCCUCUGGUUGCAGGUCUCAGUGUGUGUCUCAGUGUGUGUAUUCACCUCUCCUCUCCUCCUCUCCUCUGGUUGCAGGUCUCAGUGUGUGUCUCAGUGUGUGUAUUCACCUCUCCUCUCCUCUGGUUGCAGGUCUCAGUGUGUGUCUCAGUGUGUGUAUUCACCUCUCCUCUCCUCUGGUUGCAGGUCUCAGUGUGUGUCUCAGUGUGUGUAUUCACCUCUCCUCUCCUCUGGUUGCAGGUCUCAGUGUGUGUCUCAGUGUGUGUAUUCACCUCUCCUCUCCUCUCCUCUGG